UUGCUUAUUUGGAUGUUUGAUUUUUUAUUUGUUUGUUUCUUUGAGAGGGGAAAGAAAAAAGAGAAAAGAGAAAAAUAUUAAUAUAAUUAUUUAAUAAUCAAAGAAAAGUAAAGAGAAAAGACUUAAAUCUUAGAAAAGCGGUAGAAAAAGGAAGUCUAUAGACAAUAUCUAAAUAAACUAAGUUAAGGUAUAAAUUUUAGUUAGCUAGCUUAUUAGUAAAGGAAAGCAAAGAAAGCAAGUAAGGUAGUAAAAGUUAGUUAGUAGUAGAAGUAGUAAGGUUAAUAGUAAAAGUAAGUAAAUAAGUAAGUUUAAGUUUUAGAAAUGGCUGAGAAAUUAAGUCGUAUGUAUGGUACAGAAGAAGACAAGGUCAAUUGUCCCUUCUACUUUAAAAUUGGUGCUUGCAGAUAUGAAAAUAAAUGUCUCAGAAUCCACAACAGACCCUCUGAGAGUUAGACUAUCUUGAUUAAGCACAUGUACUAGAACUCCCCCACUGAGUUGGCUUUGGCUUAGGGUAAUAGAGUCAGCGAAGAAGAAGCUUAGAAGGCUUUGAAUCACUACGAAGAAUUUUAUGAGGAAGUCUUUUUGGAGUUAGCAAGUUACGGAGAAAUUGAUGACUUGAUCAUUUGUGAUAACAUCGGUGAUCACAUGAAAGGAAACGUUUACGUUAAAUAUGUUAGGGAAAGCGAAGCUCUUAAGUGCUUGAUGUCCUUAAAGACUCGUUAUUACGACAAGCAACAGCUCCAACCUGAAUUCUCUCCCGUUACUGAUUUCUCUAAUGCAAAAUGCAAACAAUAUAUUGAAGGUCAGUGCAAAAGAAGUGGAUACUGUAAUUACAUUCACUCUAAGCCUAUCGGUAGACCAUUCAGAAGAUCCCUUUUCAGAUAAAUGUACGAAGAGCAUCCUGAAUACAAGAACAGGUCUCGCUCUCGCUCUAGAUCAGAUGAUGAUGAGAGAUCUAAAAAGAAAAGAAAGGAUAAGGAAAGAUCUGAAAAACAUGAAAAAGACUCCAAAAAGAAGCAUUCUCGUUCCAGAAGCUCCCAUAAAAAGCACAAGAAAGAUAAAGAUAAAAAGAAGAAGAAGUCUAGAUCUCACUCCAAGCAUUCUAAGUCAGCUUCUCCUGGCUACAAAAACUCUGAAGAAAGAAGAGCUGAUAUCGCAAAGUGGGGCGAGGAAGAUGAUGAAGAAGACAUGAAAGUCAAUGCAAGCGGUUCAGUCAACAAUAAUGGAACCACCAGCAAUAACGAAUAAAGCGACAGCAAUAACAAGCAAGGCACUCACGAUUAUUUAGCCUAGCUUGUUAAGCCAUAGAAUUGAUUUCACUAUAUAGAAUUAAUUAAUUAAUUACAAAAUAAAUCAAUCAAGGCUGAUUUGGAGAUACAGUUGAAGAUAAACCAAGAGAACACAAGAUAGAACUGACUGCUAAGUAAUUAAAAACCAAUCAAACCACAAUAAAGUAAGCAAAAUCUAACUAAGCAAAGCAAAUAAAAAGAAGAAAAUAAGGAAAAAGAAAUGAAUGUAUGUCUCUUUAAUAAGUAUAUUAUAUAUAUAGUAAAUAAAUCAAUUAAGCAACAACAUCAACAAAUAAGCAAGCAAUCAAGCUAGCUAGCUAGUUAGAGAUCCUGGCAAUAAGAACAAUUAAUAUAAAAACAAUAGAAGCGAUAGCGGACUAUGGAAGGAAACAAUUUAACUAAAAUGUUACCUGCCAUUUGUUUGCAGUUUCGCGUUAUUUUUUAUUUUCAUAUAUUAAUCAAAUAAUCUAGCAAGGGUAUAUCAAUCAAUCAAACAAACAAACAAUCUCCAUCAAGUUUUAUUGUUUUAUUUAUCUUUUUAUUAUAUUUUAUAAAGCAAAUCUAUUUUAGUUCGUUCUGUAGUCUUUAAUUAAUUAAUACAAGUUAUUCUUAUUUAGCUCUCUCUUUAACGAAGAUAGCGUAUUUUUUCAUUAGUUAGUUAGGAGCUUAGAAAGUAAGUUCUCCGCGGAAACCAACAAAAAAAACAUUUAUUAUUUCUUUCAAUAAAAGCAAGGUUAGGGCAACGCUAGUUAAAUAAAUAAACAAAUAUACAAAUUAAUUAAUUUAUUAGUUAAUUUGCAUUUAGCAAGCAAAAAGCAAAGCAUUUUUAGUUACUUUUUCCCUUUUUUUAGCAAGCAAGCAAUUGAUAUUUAGCCAUCAUCCAUUACCCAUACACACACAAAAAUUCUCUUAAUUGAGAAAAAAAGAAACAAAAUUUAGCGUAGACACAUUCACCUACCCACCAACCAUUUUAAGAGAAGAGCUUCAUUAUUUAUUUAUUCAAAUAAUCUUUAAACACGCAUCAAAUAUUAUUUCAAACCAAGUUUUCUUUGUUUUAUAGCUUAAAAAAGUAUAGUAAAGCCUAAAAAGCAUGAUUAAAUCACAAUUUAUUUUAAUUUAUUAUUUCUAAAUAUCAAUUUUAUAAAAUUCAACUCAUCAAACAAUUAAAAAAUUUUUUAUUUUUAACAAUUCUUUAUUAUUCAUCAUUUCAAUUAAUUAAUAUUAUUAUGAUAAAAUAUCUACUAAAGAAAGAAAAUUAAAUAAUAAAAUUAUAAAAGCACAAAACCUAUAUAUGUAUCUAUUAAUCAACUUAAAUUUUGUUUAAAAUAUAUUCAUUUAAAAUAAAAUAAAUGAAUGCUAAAAUUAUAAAAUUAAAAAAAAAAAAUUAUAAAUAUUUAAAUUUUUAUUUAAUAUGUAAAUUAAAUACAAAUCAUUA